UGCGCCGGCUGUCCACAAGACAGAGAACCAAGCCACUCCUCCAAUUCGUUCGCGGCGUGUCCCGAACCUCCAAUUGGUCCGUUCUCCUUUGCUCCGCCCCUAGUUAACGUUCUGUUUACGCAGCGCCAGCAGAGAUUCAAACGGUGGCGGAAACUGCCGGGGUGGUUGAGACUGAAUCGUAUUGUCGUCUUCCUCGUUAACGGUGGCGCGUCUUUUCCCAAAAAUCAUUAGUUAUGGCUGCAGAAGCUGCUUUCAAGACUCCUAGUAAGCUAGAAGGAACAAGAAGGAAAUCCGGACAAAGUACUUCAUCUACACUAUCUAUUCCAGCUUCUCCUUUCAUGCGAAAACUGGGAUAUGGAACUGGUGUGAAUGUUUACCUUAUGAAACGGUCUCCUAGAGGGAUCUCUUGCUCUCCCUGGGCUGUAAAAAAAAUAAAUACCAAAUGUAACUCCAGCCAGCAAAGUAUUUAUCAAAAGAGGCUGAAUGAAGAAGCUGAUAUUCUAAAAAAUCUUCAGCACCCAAACAUUGUGGGGUUUCGUGCAUUCAUUGAGGCCAAAGAUGGAAGUAUGUGUCUUGCUAUGGAAUAUGGUGGGGAGAAGUCCCUGAAUGACUUGAUUGAAGAAAGAAAUGAAAAGCAGAAGAAACCUUUUCCAGCUGCCACCAUUCUCAAAGUAGCGCUGCACAUGGCAAGCGGCUUGAAGUAUCUUCACAAUGACAAGAAAUUGCUUCAUGGUGACAUAAAAUCUUCUAAUGUUGUCAUUAAAGGUGACUUUGAAUCGAUAAAGAUUUGUGAUGUGGGUGUCUCUUUGCCUCUAGAUGAAAAUAUGAUGGUGAGUGAUCCAGAAGCUGAGUACAUUGGCACUGAGCCCUGGAAACCCAAAGAAGCCUUAGAAAAAGAUGGUAUUAUCACUGACAAAGCUGAUAUCUUUGCACUUGGGCUGACUUUGUGGGAGAUGAUGACACUUUCCAUACCUCAUCUUAAUCUGCUUGGGGAGGAUGAUGAUGAUGCUUCUUUUGAUGAAGCUGACUUUGAUGAUGAUGCCUAUUAUGCAGCGCUUGGAACUCGGCCACCACUCAAUAUGGAAGAGCUGGGCCCUUCAUAUCAAAGGGCUGUUGAGCUUUUCUCCUUGUGUACUAUGGAGGAUCCAAGAAACCGUCCUUCAGCAGCACAAAUUGUGGAUGUUUUAGAGUCGGAAGAGUUCAAAUAUUAGCCAUCCAAAUCAACUCCUGCAUCAUAUGGCACCUUUUCCGUUCUCUUCUAGAAAUGUUUGUAGGUGCUAACAUAGUUAGAUUAUGUGAGAAUAUUCAAUACUUAGUUGCUAGUUCAAAUGUAUUUACGAUUAAGUGGUCAUCUGUUUCAUUUUAAACUAUUUAAAUUGCUGGAUUAUUUUUUUAGAUCAGAUAAAUUAUCUCAGUACCUUUUGUUUUCUUAUUGAUAAGCUGAUGUGAAAACAUAGAAGAGGAUGACUAAUUCAGUGUUAAUGUGCACGAUUUGGAUGUAAGUGAACAAAUUCUCCAACUUCUGUUAUGUUCUAGAUAAGUUAUAUCAACUGAAUAUGACUCAGACAUAGUCAGUAUGAGAAUUUGCAAUUCAUUCAGAAAUGGCUGCACAUGUUGUAAAGGUCAACUAUUUGCUUCCAAUGUUCAGCAAUAAAUUACUGCUUUUGGGUGAUGUUACAAAGCCUCUCAACCUAUUGGCUGAGAUUACUGAAAACGUUAAGUGAUCCCAACCAUUUGCAGCAUUUUUGCAGAAAAGCUUAGGGUUCUUUUCUAAGCUGUUUCUCAUGGCAUUUCAAGGGCAGCAGUCCAAAAAUUAUUUGGAUUGCAUUUCACAUUCAUUGGAACAGCAGAACAAAACUUGGAAUGCUUUGGUUAUUCUAGGUCUCAAAAUUCAGAAAAAUCAUGAGUGAUUUCACAGGGCAAGUAAGUUAGCGCUGGUAUGAUGCUCCUGCCAAUAUAUUCCUAGUGCCUUUCCCUUUCUCCUGCCACCAAUGCCCUUAGUUGCCACGAUUGCCCUUAAUUUUUCUUUUACCCUCCCACACCAGAUCAUUUGUGCGUGGAACAGCGUUUUGGUCUGUAUCUAGAACAAAACUGCUUCACUUCAUCCUAUAUAUGAAUCAAAACACCUGAAAUAAUGUUUUUUUGUUCAGGUGCAUACCACAUACUAUAAUACAUAGUUGAAAUUUUCUUGUAUAAAUCCAAAUUCUGUGUGAAGGGCAAAACUGCAGUUUAUUGGAAUUACUGAAAAAUUAAGGUAGAGAUAAAUUCUAGGAUUAGUGGAAGGCAUUGCCUUUUGUAAUUAUAGCACACAGAUUCAGAAAUGUUUAUAUCUUUAAGAAUGUUUAUAUUUUUGCAAGAACAGUUGCUAUAUGUAGGAGCUCAAGUUCCUUUAGUGUAAUGGAAAUUGCAUUAUCUAUAUCAGAGGUCCCCAACCUUUUGGGCACCAGGGACUGGUUCCGUGGAGAGGUUUUUCUACAGACCGGAGGGUGCAUGAUUUUGUGUGCUGCUUGCAUCCCACAGAUGGGGCUUUGCUUGUUUGUGUGGCCCGGUAUUGGUCCAUGGACCGGGGGUUGAGGACCCCUGGUCUAUAUGGAUAGCAUCAGUUAAUAGACAAUUUGUUUUAGCUCGUUUUCCAGUUUUUCUAGAAAAGGACAUAAUAAAGAAUUGCAAUGACCUCAGAUCAAAAACCCUGAUUAAUGAUUCCAGUGCUUUGAAA